AUGCCUUUCUCCCUCGAACGCCUGCACUUCGCCAGUCUUGCCCCGGCUCCUAAUCCCCCGGCCAAACAUCUCGAUGUCUACUGCAGUCGUUCAGACAUCAACCCCAACCCCAAGACCCUGAAGCAGCGCCGCAGAGAACGACAGGCCAAGCUUGCUUCCGACCAGGCCUCCGACCGCGUCAAGAGACGGCCCUCUCGUCGUGCCGGCCCCCGCUCUUCAACCUCGUCCGUAUACGUGCGUAUGCCAGACAAGAUAAAGAAGAGGCAUUUGACCACCGAAGAGCAACUCAUUGCGUCCCGAAACCGGAGACACGACAUCAUCCUCGACCCGGCCGAUGAGGCCGUUUACAAAGUCCGAAGAAGAGCGUCCAGCCUGAUAACCCAAGACGAGCUGUGGAGUCCGACCCUGUCGGUCAGACCUCAAACGAUGGACACCCGACCAAGCCAGGACACACACAAGCGCGUGUCCAGACCUGAAGAGCAAAGGUCGCCCCAGAAGAAGCGGGACUCCUUCUACGACAGCUUUCGUUGGCUCGAGGAGGAUGACGAGUUGGAUUUGCGUUUGCAACUGGAUGACUACCAUGCCAACCUACGAGAUGACCUCCCCGCCAACUCGAAACAGCGCAGGCCGUCUUUCCGCAGGCACCUAUCCAUCACCAAGAUUCCUUUCGGCCGCACCUCACUCUCCGUCAAUCGCCCCGGCACCACGCCUGGCGUGAUUAGCAACCCUGCGUCCCCGCGCUACGCAAAUUUUCCAAGUAGUCCUCAGCCUGCUUCGCCCGGACAUGGCCGCCGAAGAUCCCGCGCCCUGUCGUUGAUUUCGCCAAAACAUAGCCCUCAAGACAGUCUUGCUACCUUCGACCCGGAGGCGGCUCACUACCAAGACCCGGAGGCCCGCCUGAAGCUGCGAGUGUACCUUGCGUCUCCUCAAAAGUUUGACGAAGCCAUCGAGUUCGGCUUUCCUUCCAAGGAGGCCCUGGCUUCGAAGCCAGGCAAGAACGUCAAACAACCCAAGGUCAAACAGCCGAAGCCUGCGGUAGCAGAUGAGACGGAAACCUUGCGCACUUUCCUUGCCGACGACAGGUCUUCUAUCUACAGUGACGACGGAUCCCUCGACUCGGACUCUCCCAAGACACCUCAUGAAAUGGAGAUGACAGGGCUUCGGCCACCGCCCAUCAAGAGCGAUCAACCUCAUUCGCCCAAACCAUCGACUGAGUACGCACGGAUACCGGCAGAGGCCAGGGAGAUGACUUUGCGCAUGACCCUGACUCGACCCGAUCUACGAGCCCACGAAGACCAGAUGUACGGCUGGCAGAAGAACUGCCCACCCAGUAGGAAAUCAACCAACGCCUUGCGCGAUGAGUUUCCGACAUCGACAUACGUCCGAGAUGGAUCAUCAAAAGAGAGCAUCGAGCGUCAGUUCGCGGCCAUGGAUCAAGAGAACGCUCAGGCUGGCGACCAAGGCGUCAUGAAGCGUUUUUGGAACAAAGUCCGUCGAGGGCCCGCAUAA